GAAAUUGAUUUCUCUCUGUUUCUCUCUUUCAAUUCAACGAUUCGUUGUAAUGACGCGAGAAAAGAGGGUGGCAAAUCGGAAACCCAAACGAAAAAAACCAGAGGCUUCAACCAAAGAGAGUGGUGUUGACCCAAUUCGUGACGAAGAUGAGAUUGUGAGUGGAGAUGACUGUGAAGUGGUUGGCGAUGAAGAUUGUGAUGGGAUUGAAUAUGCUGACGAAGAGGAGAACAAUGAAGAAGUUCGUGAAGAUGAAGAAGAAGUUCGUGAAGAAGAACAUCAAAACCGUGUAGGUGUGGACGAAGAGCUUUGCGAAGAGAGAGACUUUGAAGCACACUUUGGAGCUGCAGCGAGAGAUGAGGAAACGUUAAAAACAACACUAUAACACCAACACUUACAUCUUUUUUGGUUUUCCAAGAACUCACUUCUCUUUUGCUUAUACAGCGGAAGAAAGGCCUUCCUGGAUU